AUGGCAAAAGCUAGGGAAGAAUUUGGAGGGAGUGCCAGCCUGGAGGACGAACUCUGCUGUCCUGUCUGCUUGUGUCUGUACCAGAAUCCUGUGUCACUGAGCUGUGGUCACAGCUUCUGCAAGGAAUGCAUCCAGAAGGUGCUCGGUGCCCAGCAGCAGUCCAAGGCCCCUUACUCCUGCCCCAUGUGCAAGCUCCAGCUGGGGCCCAUCCUGGAGCUGCAGAAAAAUUUCCAGCUGUGCAGCAUCGUGGAGGCAUUUCUGGCCACCGCUUCCAAAGGGCAACAGAGCAAGGGCACUAAAGAGGAAAAGGAGGUGGUUCCUUGUGACUUCUGCCUGGACUCGUCCCAGCCAGCGGUGAAAACCUGCCUGAUCUGCGAUGCCUCUUUGUGCCAGGCCCAUCUGAACAAACACAACGCCAAGGCUUCCCAGCAGGACCAUGUCCUGGUGGAGGUUGAUGCAGGCAGUUCGGCGGAGGAAAGGAGGUGCCUAGAGCACGGCCGGCUGCUGGAGUGCUACUGCCAGGACGAGGCCCAGUACAUCUGCGUGCUCUGCUCUAUCACAGGGUGCCACAAGGGCCACAACGUCGUCACCUUGAAGGAGGCACAUGACAAACAGCUGGGUGAGCUCUCUAGCGUCGUGAUGUGGCUGCAGGAACGUAAAAGCGCUUUAGCUGCCACCCUAGAAGAGCUUCAGAAAAGCGAGAAUCAGAUCAAGACCAAUACGAAAACAGUGACUUAUCAGCUGCAAAAGCUGUUUGAAGAGAUGAAGGCAGAGAUGACUCAGAGGGAGAAGAUGAUCCUAAGCAACAUUCGGUCCAAUGAGAAAAAACAACUGGUAGACAUUACCAAAGUGAAGAAGGAAAUGGAACAGAAGAGAGAUGAGGCUGUGCAGCAUCUUCAGUCUUUGCAGAACAUGAGAGAGCAACCAGAUAUUUUCACCUUCUGCAAAGAAUUUAAGCUGGCCAAGAACAGGAUUGCGAGUCAGGAUUUCAGCGUCAGCAGGAUGGAUGUUGUGGUAGUGCAGCUGGAUCAGACCAAGAUCGACCACUACCGAGGCCUGAUGCAGGACUUCUUGGAUCGCCUGGGCUUUAUGCUGCAAGCCGUGCAGA